AAAAAAUCUAUGGUUCAUCCUCCGUGCACCCUCCCUUGCCCUAUUCCACAUCUGUCGAUCCCACGGCAAAAAAAGAAAACUGUGCUUCAUUGUGGAUGCCCUCUUCGCUCUCAGCCCCUAAGCACAAUCCUCUAAUGCCGUACACACGCCACCUUCCUUUCGAGUAUCUCUAUGAUUUUAUUGUUCAAAGGGCUAGAAAGAGAAACUUGGUGAUUGUACCUACUUGGGAUAGACCAAGAACAAGGUCUACUUAUCGUGAAAGACAUGAUUCUGAACCAACAGUGGACAAUAAGAGAGUGGUUGAUCUUGAAGAGACACAUAAUAGUAGUGUUAAAGAUAAACAACUAGAUGAGAGAAUGUUACUUGAACUAGUAGAAAAUUUAAGACGAAGGAGAUUGGCAACCAGUCGCUUUCCUACUAAUAUGGGGUUAUAAAUUCUACAACAAGCCGAGCAAAGCUACAUUUAAAAAGGAGGACUAUAAGCAAUGAGCAGCAGCUAUCUGAAUGACAAGCCUCCAUGGAAACUAGUAAAAGGCCAAGGCAGGAAAGAUCACCAGAGGGUUACAGGCUCUAUGUCUAUCUUAGUACUGGAGAAUGAUUUUGUAUGGUAAGCUGAGUUUAGCUUUGUUCUAGCUAUAGCCUAAAUAUACUAACUUAUUUACAUAUUUAGGUAGGGCUCAGGCAGAAUUAGGCAUAUCAGUGGGAAAGCUGAAAGCUAUGUUGUAAGGGAUCAGUAGGAACAUAUUUAGAUGCCAGGAGGAAUAUUAUCAUAUCAGAUAUGGUCAGCCUACUUUCUCUCAGUCAGGCACAGAAGGAAGCGGUGCUGAGGGGACCAAUCUUGGAUGGUUAUAGCUUUCAAAUGGUCUCGAGGUGGAGGGAGAAAAUUUUGUGAUAUUCAUAGCUUUGAAUGUUAGUGGACCGCAUAUAGUCUGUGGUUGUUAGGUCUUUAUGUGUUGUCUAUGGAUCGUUCUCUUUAAGUUAUGUUGGUGUAUCAAUGUCCUAUGUGAUGUAACCUUAUUUUGUUUGUGGAUCAACAUCCUGUGAGUUGUUUAUUUUAUAAUAUGAUAUACAGUUGGUGGCACCUUAUUUUAUAAAUGAAUGAAACAAUGUCUUAAAGCCUCAACUUAUUUAU